AUAAUUAACAAAAAUAUUAUUGAACCGGUAUUAUAUACCGUACUAAAUUGUGAAAUUAAAAUAACACACACACAAACACUUUUGCGAGCUUGCAAACGAAAUUUAUCAUCUCCACUGAAUUAUAUUUUUGUUGAUAGCUUGAUGUAAUGGAUUGUUCGCCAGAUAACGGCGCAUAUCAAGAGUUAAAAGAAUUUUCCAAAGAGGCAAAGCACGCUAAAGAGGACGUUGGGUUUGUUGGAGCACGCAAGCCCCCUCGACGCAAGAAUGAUAAAGUUGAUUGCCAUGUCGUCGUAGGUACCGCAGCUGUCCGUCCAAAGUCUCUUAAAUCAGAGGGAAAAAAGCUGCGCAAGAAGCUCAUGGAGUUCGAGCAAGAGAACCAAACGCUGGCCAAGACUAUCACAGACAAGAACCAAGAGAUUUGUGCACUCAAGCGCUCAGUGGACUCACUAAAUGAAGUGCUCAACUCAGUGCCCAUAGAUGAGCUGCGCUGCAAUUCCUCUAUUGCCGGCACCAAGAUAUUGGAGCUAAGCAAAAAGAAUCGUCAAAUGCGCGCUGAGUUGGAGCAGUUUAAGAAUCGCAUGAACAAGAAAGAUAUCCAAAUUGAGAAAUUGGAAAGAGAGCUAAAGUCUAACGAAGAGAAGUUGCAGCAGAACGGAGAGCUAUUAAAGAAGAGCAAUGCCACAGAAGAGCUUCAGGCAAAGAUUACCAGCAUGCAGCAGAAGCUCUUCGAGACACGCAACAAGAAUACUGAGCUGCAGAACCAGCUGAAGCUGGCCCACAAGUGCCUGCAGCACGAGAUUGGGGAGACAGUCAACGUCAACAUCUUGUCCAAUAAUCUGAAUCAAGCCAACUGGCGUGGACGUGCUCAACAAAUUCUAGCACUGCAACAGAAGCUCCAGGAGCUAAAGGCGCGCCUGGAUACCUAUGAGAAUGGUGCAUGCGAUCGUGCUGACUUUAUGCCAUUGCCACUUGGAUCGGACUUGGAACUGGGUAGCACCCACAGCUUGAAGCUAACUCCACGCGGUGGUAAGGCUCUCCAUUCGCCGGGUAGACACAGCUCCAGUGUUAGCCUGGGCGCCGGCGAUACUGGCGGAGCCACAUUUGAUCGUUUUACGCCGGGCGUGCGCAAAAGCGAGAUCUUGCACCGGGCCAAGGUUGAAACCAUGGAGAAGGAAAUCGCGGCACUGCAGGCACAGCUGGACGAGCAGCGCAGUCGCAAUCUGGCACUCAAGGUGCGCAACAAGACUCUCAACGAGGACAUGCUCAAGUACAAGAUGCGCUCCAGCGAACUGGAGGAGCUGUCUGAUUGCAAUGGCGUCAAUUCCAACACGAUGAAUGAUAAAUUGAAUCGUCAGCGAAAUCAAUAUGAAAGCCGUUUGGAGGAGAUGCGAAAUGAUGUCAUACGCAUCAGCGAGGAACGCGACACUGCCAAGCGCCAGAAGGAGGAGCUGAGCGGCAUGAACCUGGAGCUGGAAACCCAGCUGAAGCAGAAAGAUUGCACUAUACAAAAUCUCCAGGAGAUGAUUAAGAAACUGGAGACAGAUUUGCGCGCUGUCACUGGAGGAUUUCUCUUCUCCUGUCGCGAGUUUCGCAAGGAAGAAUUUGUGGGCAUACUGGAUGCAUUGGAGGUGGAGAAGAAUCAAAUGAUGUUGCUGAAUAAAACUUUAGACGAGCGACUAGCAGCAGAGCGCCUGAAGAAUGACUCAUCUACCGAUCUGAUUGCCAAGCAGAAGACACGCAUCUCUCGCAUGGACGCCAAAAUACGUGAACUCGAGAAAGAGCUCGAUAUUCAGUCGGAUCGCAAGAAGCGCACUCAACGUAUAACUGAAUAUGCUAAUGCACUCGGACGCACUCCAUUGACCGGGUCGAUCAGUUCCUUUAGUUUUGACAAUCAGUCACAGUGCCCAUCGGUUACCUCGUUCAACUCGGUGGGCGACGAGUCCAAGUUGGAAGAUAUGAAGAAUCAAUUGGAGCUGGCCAAUGAGAAGAUCACCAUGCUCACCGAAAAGCUAGAGUAUAUAACUGAGGAGAAACGUGCCGAUGCCAAGUUCUUCGAGGAGACAAUGCUGAACUCCAAGAAUAUCAUAUUGGACACCAUACUGGGCUCUCGCAGCAGUGUCAGCCAGCCAACAAUUAACAAAUCGGAAGGACAGCUCGAAUUGCCUGUCAUUAACGAUGCCUGAGUCCGAGCAAUGUUUUCAUGUCUUAGUUAUGUUUCUUUAUAUCAUGUUCCAUGUGGCCGAAUUAAAUUUCAAUGAUAAGAAUGUAAA